CUCUCUUCCUCUCCCCUCCUUUCCUCUCUUCUUCUCCACGGGUGCAGUUGGCUAGAAGCUCUCUGAGACGUCUGCAGAGCGGCAACGCCAGGAAUUGGCCCAGCCGGGUGGGGGAAAGCGCUGGCUGCGGAGGGGCAGUUUGGGGCAAGCCAGCUUGGGUGGAGAGAGCACCAUGGAACCUCUCUUCCUGGACCCAUUCUGGGAGAAUUUCUAUGGAAACCGCCUGUUCAACAACUUCUCCCUCCCAAAUGGGAGCCAAGUGCCUCCUCACCUGCUGAUCAAUGUGACCCAGGACACCUUUCUGCCCAUUGGCCUCAAGGUCACGAUAGUUGUUGUCUACCUGGCUGUGUUUAUAGGGGGUCUGCUGGGAAACUGCCUUGUCAUGUAUGUCAUCAUCAGACACACAAAGAUGAAGACAGCCACAAAUAUUUACAUCUUUAACUUGGCACUGGCAGAUGCCCUGGUUCUAUUGACUCUGCCCUUCCAGGGCACCGACGUUCUCUUGGGCUACUGGCCAUUUGGAAAUGUGCUGUGCAAGACAGUCAUCGUCAUUGACUACUACAACAUGUUCACCAGCACCUUCACUCUGACCGCCAUGAGUGUGGACCGCUACAUUGCCAUCUGCCACCCAGUCCGGGCUCUGGACAUCCGCACCCCCAACAAGGCCAAGGCUGUCAAUGUUGGCAUCUGGGCCCUGGCUUCACUCAUUGGGGUUCCUGUCACGGUCAUGGGCUCAGCCCAGAUGGAUGAUGAUGAGAUCGAGUGCCUGCUGGAGUACCCCACUCCUGAGAAUUAUUGGCGCCCUGUGUUUGGGGUCUGUGUCUUCCUCUUCUCUUUCGUGAUCCCCGUCCUCAUUAUCUCAGCCUGCUACAGCCUCAUGAUCCGGAGGCUUCGCAGUGUCCGAGUCCUCUCCGGCUCCAGAGAGAAGGAUCGCAACCUGCGGCGCAUCACUCGACUGGUCCUGGUGGUAGUGGCCGUGUUUGUGGGGUGCUGGACCCCUGUCCAGGUGUUUGUGCUGGCUCAGGACCUGGGGGUUCAGCUGGCCAGUGGAGCUGCAGUGGCUGCCCUGCACUUCUGCAUCGUCCUGGGCUACGCCAACAGUGGCCUGAAUCCCAUCCUCUAUGCUUUCCUGGAUGAAAAUUUCAAGGCUUGUUUCCGUAAAUUUUGCUGUGCGUCCUCCCUGCGCCGCGAGCUGCAGGUGUCUGACCGCGUGCGGAGCAUUGCCAAGGAUGUGGCAUUUGCCUGUAAGACUUCAGAAACUGCCCCCAGGCCCGCAUGACUAGGCGUGGAACUCCCCAUAAUGCCCACCAGCCCCCAAACGCCAUCCACACCUAACACGGAGCUCACACAAGUAACUGCCCUGUAGUGGGGCUCUUUUCAGACUCCGUGAUGGGCACAAGGAACACUUGUGGGGCUGGAGACCGUCAGGACGGCUUUGUGACUGUGACCCCGAGAGGCUGUGUCCUCUGAGCCACCAAACCUGGGGAGGAAGUCCCCGUGCAAACAGACCUACAAUAAGGGCUGUUUCUGUGAGCGGUCACAGCUGAACCAAAACGCGCCUUCCUGAUAUGGUGAGACAAAGAGCAAUGGGGAGGAAACUGUCUCUGAAGGGCGUCUGGCCCUCAGACUUACACACACACACACACACCCAUGUAGAUACACAGAGACUCUCUGAAACAGUCAUCCAGGCACAGAAACACACAAUUUCGAGCACAGAGAGCAUGGACACACAUGGACACCCCGUAAGCACACUGCUGGGAUGUAGGGAUAUGGCCGUGGUCUUACAGAAGGAGGAGGACUGGCUGCAGGAUUUGUGAUUUACUUUUUACCUUUCGGGGAGGGGAGAGAAAGACCUGAUGCCUCCGAAUGGUGCUUCUGUCAUCCCAUGUGCUCUCUUUGAUGCUAUUCCCUGGACCUCGCUGCCACAGGAUGCCUGAUUACACAUCCAUAGACUGGGCCCCUUGCUCAGCUUUGCCAAUCCUGCUUUUUGUAGAAAAUGAGAGCAGCUGAACUUGAGGAUUUUGAAGGUUCUUUCCAACUCUGACAUCCUAUUACCGUGUUCCACAAUUCUGUCUCCUUUGGGAUGGAAGGGGGAACCUUGAUGGAAGGGCUAGGGCAUAAGUGAAUAAGGUGGCACAAGUGUGCCAAAGCUGGGCGGACUCUGGGAGAGUUCUAGCUGGCCUUUGGGUUGGCCCCUGGGAGCUGCUGGCACUUGCUCCCUUUGGCCCAGACUUUCAAUUCUCCAUUUACCCGGAUUAGGUCACCCGUGAGAGGAAGGAGUGCCUUGUCGUUGCCCUGAUUCCAUGUUAUGAUGUUUUCUUGGAGUGAACAACAGCCAGCAGGGCAGGACAAACUGAGAGUCUCAUGGACCUAGGAGCCCUGGAUGUGCUCUCUAGGUGCCCAAACAUUUCUUCUGACUCCUCAGCCGGAGAGCUGAUCAUGUUCCUUUGUGUUUGCUGAUGCUUUGCUACACUGCCCUUUGCAACCCACUUUAUGCAUGGGGAAAGAGCCCGUGCUUCUGAUUUCUGGGGUUCUUUUCCUCCAUAGGAUAUGCCCCUCACUCAUUACACACUAAAGACUUCUGUGACUGACCCGUGGCUUGCCAUGGUGUCCAAGCCCACCAGUAAUGUUGUCCAUCCUUACUGGCAAGGCACAGAAGGGCUCUUACACUAUUUUAAAGCUUGGGUCAAAUUUAUUUAGUUCUCUUUCCUCAGCAAUGUGAGGGGGAAAAUGGUGAUUUCUCAGUGGUGAUUUAAUUCAAAAGAAGAGAAAUUUGUCCAAUGAACAGAAGAUCUCACACCAAGGUGCUUGGCACAUGCCAGAUGAUUGAUUGAUUUGAGCUAGAUAGAAACCUUAGAAACUUAUCUAGUUCAACCCCCCUGAAACUGAGGUGAAGGGACCUCUGGAGAUAUCCCUGUAGCUGCUAAAUUCUUGUAAAGAAUAAAGAAUUCUGUUCUUUCUGCGAUGACCUGGAUACCUCCAGGAAGAGAGACUAAAUGCUUUAAUAUUUGUUAGCUGCUAAAUCUCUAUACACCCUAAAGUGCUCGCGUGGCUUCAGUGUUUUUCUUGCUCUUGAAUCUAUAACCAGAAAGGCAGCCAGUGCCUUUAGUGUUCUCCCUGUUCUCUGAUUCAGACUGCCUUCGAGGAUUUGUCUCUAAAUGUGUGCAGUGGGUGAAGAAUAGACCUCCAUUAGGUCUGAGUUGGACUUUAAAAUAUAUCCGAUUGAUCCAGACCAUCAAGAACCAUGGCCUUUUUACAUUUCUGUGAUAGGAGGGAGAAGGACUAGGAAGGAACAGAACUGCUUGUGCUAUGUAAUGUUUUUCUCUUUCUCUGCUGAUUAAUGUCUGUCUCUUCAGCUUUAUGAUUCUCUGUAGUGUCUCUGGGGGCCAAUUUCUGGGGUUACUGAUGACUAGAAUGUGUUUGAAAUGGAGUAAAAUAAGAAAAUAAGUUUAUGAUGCUGUGCCAUUGGGAAAGGGGUGGGUGUAGUGAGGGCUGCUUGGAGCCAGAGCUACAGAGAUGGUCCUAGGAGCUCCAUAAGACUACUAUGGUGCCAACAGCAUCCUCAUCAGUUGGCAUGGUGCUCCAAUAAAAUUCACUCUGGGCUUUCCAUAGCCCUCAUUGUGAAUCCACAGUUGGUGAAGCUGCCAACAUUUCUUUCCUGUAGCUGAACUAUUGGAUUAAUGAUAACUUAUUCCAUCCUCAUCAUCCCUUCCACUUUAUAAAAGCUGCAAGUCUCUGUUCCAAAAUGUAUAUUUUUGAAACAGAAAAACCUCCACAUAAUCAAUUAAAACAACAGUGAUAGCCCCAGUCCUUUUUUGUGAGGAGAUAGCAUGUGUCUUACUGGGGAUUUAAUCAAAAGAAUGAUAACUUAGGGAGUGAUUUGCCACCUCCUAAUGUGGCAGUAGUUCUGGGUAAUAAGAAUAAGAGCUCCCAUUUCUAUUGAGCUUUAAGGUUUACAAAGCACUUUCCUCACAGCAAUGCUUGUGAGCUUAUAUAGUAGUAGUAUCCCCAUUUUACAGAUGAGGAAACCAAAACUCAGGGAGGUGAAAUGAUUUACAUGUUGUGACACUACUUAAUGGUAAAAUUAGAAUUUGAACCCAGGACUUCUAAUUCUAGAGAUGAAUGCCUCCCUCUGUCUUUCCCUCCUCCUUCCCUUCCUUUGCCCCCUCACUCCUUUCCUUCCUUCCUUCCUUCCUCCCUACUUCCUUCCUUUCU